AUGACCGUCCCGAUGGAGGGUAUCGAAUCCACACCGGCAUCGGAUCCGGCACCGGCACCGGCACCAGCGGCGGCACAGCAGUCGGACCACUCGGGGGGUCCAUUGCCGCCAAUCCACACCCUGCCAAUGCCGCCAGCUCCGGCAACCAACAACUCCAACAACAACAACAACAACAGCUCCAACCGUCCGUUAACGCCGCCCGUCCAAGCCGUUGCAGCAGCAGCAGCACCACCACCGCCGCCACCUCAACUUCCACCUAUUACGGCUUUCCCACCCUACCAAGACCAAUAUCAACAAUCGCCACAUCAACACUCAUCACCAUGGCAACCCAUCCACGUCCCCGGACUAACCCCUCCAAGUCAAACCUCGUACCAGCCGUCGCCGUCAUCCGCACUCACGCCGUCGCCCACUGCUGUCAAUCCCACCCCGCAACAACAACAUCAACAACAGCAAAUCACCCUGCCCGGUCCGGCGUCGUUAUUAAACACCCACCACACCAACGCGUACCUUUCCGUUGUUGCCGCAUCUACGCAGCCGCCCAGCAUCGCAAUCCCGUCAAUCACCACUAUUCCAUCCCAUGCCGCCCGCCAGGAACGGGCCCGUCAGGACCAACCGAACCGACAGGGACAGGGCCAACCUAAGAGGCGUAACCGCCCCGCUGUCUCAUGCAUCCCAUGCAGAGGCCGCAAAAUCAAAUGCGACAAACAGAAGCCGUGCGAAAGCUGCGUCAAGUCCAAAUAUAUCAAGGGUCCCUGCAGGUACGAUAAGAGUCGGUUACCCAAGGAAAAGAGGUGGCCAGGCGAAGCAGAUUCGAGAAUUCCUUCGCCAGAACCGCAACAGCGACAACAACAACAACCGUCUAUCCAGCCUGUUGAUCCGAACAUUGGUGGUGCGCCAUAUGCCGUCGUGAAGGCGGAAGAGAGGACUUCCAUGCCUGGGCCGCCGCCUACUGUGGAUAUACCAUAUCGCGACUCCGAGUCUGUUUCUUCGGACGGGUAUGACGGCGGAUCAGCUAGUCCCCGGCUGCCGCCCGUAUCGUCGGCUUCCAGUCCGUUUCCUCGUCAUGCCCAUCCGGUGUCUGAUGCGGAGGGAACUGAGGCAUUGAGGAGGGAGGUGUGGAUGUUGCGACAGCAGGUCGAGGAGUUGACACAUCGACAGCAGAACCAGGAGCAGCAGCAACUGCCACCAGGACAAAGGCCGUUGCCGGAAUUUAGACCCAACUCUCAGGCUGGCGAUAAUCGCUGGCCCAUCAACCAACUCUUCCCACUAGUCACUAGCGCCAGCUACAAAGUCUUCAAGGAACCUAACGAUAACGGCAAGGCCUUGACCAACCUCCGAACAUGUACCCUUCUCUCGCAGAAAAUCGAGGAAGCACAAUCCGGAAGCAUCCAUCCCCUCGGCUUCAGCGACAUCGGCGGCAUUCUCCCCCUGUCGUACCGCCAAGACGCCCAACGUCUAGCCGAAGCCUACUUCCGCACUUUCGAGAGCGUCUACCGCAUUUUGCACGUGCCUACCUUCUGGACGCGGUUUGGAGAGUAUUUUGGUGGUCAGCUUGACGGCCAGCUCGCCAAGGCCUUCCUUGUCCAGCUUCAGCUUUGCAUGGCUAUCGGGUCGGUCUUUGAGGAUGCCGGCGGUUCACUGCGGAAGUAUCAGGAGAGAUGGAUUCAGGAAGGCCAGUCGUGGCUUCUCCUUUGUCCGCCGACGAACCUUGCCGGGUUGCAGACUAUGUGUCUUUUGCAUCUCGCCAAAGAGGUCUGCGGAUUUGGCGGAAGUGGGGGUGAAGGAAUCUACAACUCGGCCGGUUCUCUGCUGCGAAAAGCCAUGUGUCUAGGCCUAAACCGGGAUCCUGACGCGUCCAUGCCCAUUUACCAAGCCGAACUGUGUCGACGAUUAUGGGCCACCAUUUUGGAAAUGCUUGUCCAAUCGAGCUUGGACACCGGCCUUCCACCGGGUAUCUCGCUCACCGAAUUCGAUACUAGCCCGCCGGCAAAUUACGACGACGAGCAGCUUGCCCCCUCGAGCUCGGGUCCCCGUCCCUCCGGGACAUUCACGCAAACGACCAUCCUUGUCGAAUUGCACCGUUCGUUUCCUGUGCGGUUAGCUAUCGCUCAACAUCUCGCCACGCUUCUCAACUCCCCCAACACAAAGCCCCCGGCAGUCGAAUCCGGACCGACGACGAAGUCUCUCAGCACCGAACUGAUAAGUGCAUCGCGUGCACUAGCGGGCACGCUUCAACCGGGCUACGACCCUGCCGGCAUCCUGCCGAAUAGGAUCUCUGCGUUCCAGCUUCGGAUGGCGGAGAUGUUAGUGGACCGGUUUUUUCUGGGGUUAAACUUGGCCUUGGUAAAACGCUUGGAGGUGGAAAUGCCAGAAAUUCGGACAUAUUGCGGCGCAGCAGCCGGCACAAUCUGGAGGGGUGUUGUUUCGGGUCUAGGCAACCAAAGAGAAACAGGAGGAAGCUGUGGGAAAGGAGCGGCGCAACGUCAUCAAAUGGACGACUUCACGACCCUGGUAAGCCGCGGAAGCGGAACCUCGUAUCAUGCAACCGCCACGGUGGCCGUUUUGACUCUGCUGGUGGAAUUGAGGCGGCAGAUGGAGGAGGAGUGGGAACAACGAGGACUCCGACAUGACUCAACCUCAACAGCCUCACCAAGCAACAAGAACAACAACUGGGAAGAACAAAGCACAUCAGCAGAAGCAACAAGACAAGAAUUCCUAGACCUGGCUUGUUCAGCUGUCGGCUGGAUUUUUGGCAGAAUCCAGCUUGCGAGCGUGGAUACAGGGGCGUAUGUUUGGAUGUACCUGCUUUACUCGGCGGCUUUGGAAGAGGUGAAGGCUUUGCAGAGGAGGUGGGUGGCACAUUUGCGGCAGCAGGAUUUGUCCUCGACUUCUCUGACAGACGCCAAUGUGGAAAGACAAAGGGAAGAACAACUGAAAGAGCUGGUGAAGGAGCGAAUUGCGAGUGAUUUGAACAGGGUUGCUGAGCUUUUGAAGGAGGUUUGGCAAUUCUCGAAGGAGGUGAAUGGGACUGGCAAUGACAAUGGAAGUGAAAGCAAUGGUGGAUUGGCCGGGCGGCAAAGCAAUGGCGAUACUGCUGCAUUGGCGGGCAGGGCCGCUGGCGAAACAAGCUUGGAGCUGGAGAAGAUGGCAGAGAGGGGAGAGCGUCCAGUCAUCCGCUUUAACUCGGUCUUUGAUCUGAGAAAUUACAAACUUGUUUAUAUGCAGGAGUUGAUGGACUAA